AUGCCGAGAUCUCUAACAAACGAACAAAGAAUUUUUCUCGUGAAACAAUGGUGGAUAUCAGGAAAUACACGAGUAGUAAAUGAAGCUUUUCAAGCUGAAUUUCCCGAUACAAAAAUUCCAACACGACAAACAAUUCACCAACUAGCAAAAAAGUUUGAUGAAACAGGUUCUGUUGAAGAUGCACCACGAAGUGGAAGACCGAGAACAGUUAGAACGGAAGAAAAUAUGGGACGUGUUUCUGAAACUUUUCUUCUGAAUCCACAAACAUCUAAAAAACGUGCAUCAAUUGAUCUUGGUAUCUCCCGUAGAAGUUUAGGCCGUCUUAUGCAGGAUCUAAAUUUAAAACUAUAUAAACCAAGAUUAUUACAAGCUUUAAACGAAGAUGAUCCAGAUCGAAGAACAGAAUUUUGUGAAUGGGUUUUAGAUUCAUUUGAAGAAGAUCCAACUCUAUUGGAUCGAAUUCUAUGGACGGACGAGGCCAUAUUCAAAGUAAACGGUAGUGUUAAUAUACACAAUUGCGUUUAUUGGAGUGAUACAAAUCCACACCUCGUUAUUGAACAAGAACUCAAUGUACCACAGGUGGUUGUUUGGGGAGGAAUAUGGUCAAAUGGCGUCGUUGGACCAUAUUUUUUUGAAGGUAAUGUUACAUCACAAAAGUAUUUUCAGAUGUUGAAGGAUAAUAUCAUACCACAACUUGAAGAACAUUCAAGUUUUCAAACAAUGAUCUGGCAGCAAGACGGUGCACCGCCCCAUUAUGGUCAAAUUGUGCGAGAUUAUUUAGAUGAUACAUUCUUACAUUGGAUAGGUCGUCGAGGAACUAUUGAGUGGCCACCACGAUCUCCAGAUUUAACUCCAUGUGAUUUUUCACUAUGGGGAAUUUUAAAAGACCGUGUCUAUGCUCAAAAUCCUUGUAAUACUAAUCGUCUGAAGUCACUAAUCGAACAAGAAUUUAUAUCAAUCAAUGAUGAUAUCGAAUUAUGUCAAAAAAUUUGUCGUUCUGUAGCUGAUCGUUGUCAAAUGUGUAUUAAUACAGAAGGGAAACAAUUCGAACAUUUGCGCUAA